GCGCGCUAUUCUGGAUCCUUUUUUGGGAUUUUUUUUUUUUUUUUUUUUAAAUUAUUAGUCCCCUUGUUUUUUGUUGUUUUCUGCGAUAUGAAGACGAAAAGGAGGAAUAAUGUUUAUGCGAAACGUGUUGGUGGAUUUUUCAUCCUCAUCCUCCUCAUCAUCAUCCAGGUUGAUUUGACCCGGCUACAUGGAGCAUGAGCACUAAUCUUUCCUGAUUUUAUUUUUUUUUCUUGUCUUUUUCUGUUUCUUUUUCUCUCUCUUUUUUUAAACCAAGACGGAUUAUUUCGGAAUUGGGAUUUUCUUUGAAACUCCACUGAGGAGCAUCAGGAAGGUGUUUCCGACAAAGUGGAAGAAGACAUCUCACCCUGGCCUGGCGAGGCACAGGAUGGGCCGUCUCCUGGGAGUGAGCUGCAUGCUCCUGCUCACCCUGACCACGUCCGUGUCUUCAGCCUCCCUCGUUCCCGAGGACUACGCAGCUGACGAGGCCGAGCGCAACACCAACGAUGUGCUGUUCGACGACUACCGUGGCAAAGGCUGUGUGGACGACAGCGGCUUCGUCUACAAGCUCGGCGAGCGCUUCUUCCCUGGCCACUCGAACUGCCCUUGUGUGUGCACCGAGGAUGGACCCGUGUGCGACCAACCUGAGUGCCCAAAAAUCCACCCCAAGUGCACCAAGGUGGAGCACAAUGGCUGCUGCCCCGAGUGCAAGGAGCUCAAGAACUUUUGCGAGUACAGGGGCAAGACGUACAAAAUAUUGGAGGAGUUCAAGCCGUCUCCGUGCGAGUGGUGUCGCUGUGAGCCCAACAGCGAGGUGCACUGCGUGGUGGCUGACUGCGCCGUUCCUGAGUGUGUUAACCCGGUGUACGAACCGGAACAGUGCUGCCCCAUAUGUAAAAACGGUCCAAACUGCUACGCCGGAACGACGAUCAUCCCGGCCGGUAUUGAAGUGAAGGUGGACGACUGCACCAUCUGCCGCUGCCACAGUGGGGACUGGUGGAAGCCGGCGCAGUGUCUGAGGCGCGAGUGUCUCAACGGCCAGACUUCAUAAAAACUCUCACGAGAAAAAAGCGAGGGAUAGAAACAUGAUUGACAGCAGCGCCCAGACACAGGGACCGCCCACCUGGAGGACACGGAGGGAGGAAGUGACCGGCACGAGCACAAUCCGGCUGCAGUGAGGCUGCUGAGAGACACACACACACUGAUCACUGAUACACUUCACACCUCGGAGGUGUCACCGUUACCGAAACUUCAAAAGACGCUGUGAUUGUUCCUUCAUUCCUUCAUUCGUUCGUUGGUUUCUAAUGGCUUCAUUGUAGGUUUAUUUCUCACGUAUGCUGCUCAAAUCCAGAGUUUAUAUAUUUCAUGAUAUUUAUUUACUCAACGCAGUUAGUUUGGUGUGUUUGGUGAACGGGUUCGAACCUUGAAGCCAGAUGUACAUGUGCGAUUCUACUGUUAAAAAAAAAAAGAGUCAAAUUUAGCACCUUUUUGGAAUUCAUUUAGUUUAAAAUCUGAGUGUCAUCUCUGCUACAACACACAUCUAUAAUCAACCAAUCAGAGAGCAGAUCAGGACGACGCCCGACUCACAGGCCAUCAUAUAGAAGAGCUGCAGGAACGACGUGUUUGUGUAGAACAACCUGGAAGUGAGCGUCACGCUGAUUUUCCUCGAUAAUCAAACAGCAGGAUUGGUUUAUUGUCCUUAUUUGGAUUGUCGCCCUGUGACUAAACAAAAAUCGAUGAUAUUUAAACAUUUUGUUCAAGAUAAUCGUGCUUCCUGUUCGAUUGUAGCAACAUUUAGACACUCAUUCACGUCUUUUUCAAAGCCUUUUUCACGAUCUGUGGAGUUUUACUGAUAUCUCAUAGACUUUAUCUCAUAGAUUCAAAUAACACCUAAAAGUUGUUUCCAGGCUUUAAAAGAAGCCUUUAUUAUUAUUAACACCACACAUACAUUACAGCACAGUGGAAGUCUUUACUUCACACAUCCCAGCUGAGGAAGAUGGGGUCAGAGCACAGGGGCAGUUAUGAUACAGUCCCCUGGAGCAGAGAGGGUUAAGUGGCAGUUUGGCAAUGCUAAGGCUUGAACCCUGACUUUCUGAUCAACAAGCCAGAACCUUAACCACUUGAGCCACCACAGCCCCAUUACAUGAAAUUAAAUUAAAUGGCCCAUUAAACCAAAAACCCACGCAGAUUUGAGAAUGACGAACGUGAGAGAGAGUCAUUUCCGGGUUUUAGGAUUCCUUCCUGCAGCGCUCUAUAUAAAAUUCUCUAGACUGUUGAACAGGAUGUACUUCAUAAUUUGUCAUUAUAUGUUUUUAUUAUAUACUGAUCAGGCAAAACAUUAUGACCACCUGCCUAAUAUUGUGUUGGUCUCCUUUUUGCUCCCAAAACAGCCCUGACCCGUCCUGCACUGUGUAUUCUGACCCCUUUCUAUCAGAACCAGCAUUAGUCUCUUCAGCAGUUUGAGCAACAGUAGCUCGUCUGUUGGAUCGGAUCACACGGGCCAGCCUUCACUCCCCACGUGCAUCAGUGAGCCUUGACCGCCCAUGACCCUGUCUCCGGUUCACCACUGUUCCUUCCUUGGACCACUUUUGAUAGAUACUGACCACUGCAGACCAGGAAGACUCCACAAAAGCUGCAGUUUUUUUAAGGUGCUCUGAUCCAGUGGUCUAGCCAUCACAAUUUGGCCCUUCAUCAAACUCAAAUUCUUACGCUUGUCCAUUUUUCCUGCUUCUAACAUCAACUUUGAGGACAAAAUGUUGACUUGCUGCCUAAUAUAUCCCACCCACUAACAGGUGUCAUGAUGAGGAGAUCAUCAGUCUUAUUCACUUCACCUGGCACUGGUCAUAAUGUUAUGCCUGAUCAGUGUGUGAGAAACUUAAGGCGUUUAAAAGGCUGCUGAAAUCGCACAGUUAAAAGCAGGCUUUAGCUUGACCGUGGUACUGUCCGGCUCGGACACACCACCACUUUCUUCACCAAAUACGAUCUGGAGCGCCGCUCUGAUGUUCUGCUGUUUGUUAUUUUGUCUUUAUUUUCAUUCAUUACAAAUAAGCCAGGCUCGUGUGAAGAGCUGCUGAUGAGAUUUAGCGCUAAACGUCUCAGAUUCAUUGCUGAGAUGGAGGUGGAGGCGGAGGCGGAGGCGCUGUGGACGAGUUCAGAGCUACGUCUCUUCAAUUACGCACCUUAUGAUUGUAUCGAUUUGUAUUAUAAUUAUCAUUAUUAUUAUGAACAAAAAUAUUGAUAAAGACACCAAUAACGACUGUGCCAAAUUUCAGGUGAGAAAUUUGACUGGCAGAGAACAUUUGGAGGGCGGGGCUUAGGGUUGGGUGAUAUGUCACAAAUUUAAAAUUAGGUUGUUUUUAUUUGUUCUUGUUAAGACUUCUUGCUUCUUGCUAACAAGCUGGAUUUUUUUUAUUAUUCAAUUUUGCUUUUAUUGAUCACGUAGAAAGAUACCUGAAAUGACUGAUAUAUUUUUACAGCAAACAACAGACAGCUAUCUGCUAUCAGAUCAGGAGAUUUAAAAAUAAAUAAAUAAAUAAACACAAGUUAUAUUAUGACAGUCAGAAUAUUUGGUGUAUUGUGACUUGAUAUAUAUAUAUAUAUACUGUAUGUAUAUAUCACAAUAUUGAUAUUAUUAUGGGAUAUUAAUAUUGAGGGGGGAAAAUACACAGAGGUUUUAAUCAGCUCAGAUGUUAACAAACAUAAAAGCGUCAGAAAUUAUUUUAAAGAGUUUAUUUCAAAAUUGAUAAUCUCUCUAAAAUGUUUAUGUACCGGAAGUAACACAAGACAAAAAGAACAGCUAAGAAUCCAGCCGCUAUAUUAAAUAACAUUCAUUUCAUUGGUUGGUUUGAUCUGCAGCGUAUACGCUAGGUGCUACAUAUGCUAGACGAGUCGAGCUAUGUGUCUCAACUCGCAAAUUCUCGCUCGCAAACUGAUUUCGCACGCAACAAUGUUUACGCGAGCAGCCACUAACGUUUAAGAUGCGCUACGCUUCCGUCCGAUCGAAACGAACCUGAGAGCAGGGUGGAUUAGCUUAGCUAGCGGAGUACAGAAAAGAGAUUAGCGAGUCUGUCAGACAAAUUCUAUCUGACUUGAUAAUGCUACAGCUGCUACUGUAAAGCAAGACACUCCCCCAGGGAUGGGACUUAUACCUACAUAGGGACCUGGAGAGCAUUUAAUUGGAAGAUUACAAAGUUCUCCUUGUCUCUCAUCAAAUUAUUAUUUUUCCUCAUAAGUGUUGAAGUAUCAUUAUAGUAUUAAUGCCUAUAACAGUAACCGACAGUGUGAGGAUAAUCUGGUUUGAACAAACGCACUAGUGUUGAUGGGAACUGAGUGUGAGGGAACUGAAGAAAGUUCACGAGCCAAUCUAUCACUUUUGCCUCAUAACUCAUUUACAUAAAACGGAGCAAAGUGUCGGCUGUCGCAUUGUUGCCAUGUUGCUAAAUAGUGAUCAUUAUUAGAUUAGCACAUGCUAGUACUUAGCAGACAUCCAUAGAAAGAGGAGUGUAACUAUAGACUCGAUUGAGUUACAUGCUACAUGCCACAAAUGCAAAUAAAUCAGGGUUUAACAUUGCGUUCACAUUUAAUGGUCCAUUUGUUGAUUUCGAUUCAGAGCUGAAUUGUCACUUUCGGUUUGUUUUCUAUGUUUAGCUUGGUUACGCUUCACACUGCACACCUGAGAGGUGUUGAAAAUCUUCUUGUAAGUUUCGCAGGUCAGAAAUACAUCAAGGUAAACACAUUUUUUUUACCAAGUGCAUACAAGAAUCACUAAAAACAACCAAGAAGAUGCUAAAUAAAGAAUUUGAUCAUAUUACCAAUAACUGGCAUUUUAUAUACAUUUUGUUUUCUCUUUAGGUUUGUUCAGUUUAGUUUGUUUUAUGCUAAAUCUCCAGAACACAUCAUUUCUGCAGCUCAGUCCUUCAGCUCAGUUUGUGUUUUGUGGCUUUACACAACAUGUGUUUGAUUCACUUUCUUAAAUAGAGUCGAUUCAUAGUUGAAACACUUCCUUACCGAGUUCUCUCAGACAAUCACAAGUAGAUUCAGAAUCAACUAAUUUUCUUACUGACUUCACUUACUCUUUCUUGAGUCGAUUCAGAGUCAACUCACUUACUGACUGAGUUCACUCAGACUAUCUCAAAUCAAUUCAGAGUCGACUCAUUUCCUUACCGAGUUCUCUCAGACUCUCUCAAGUCGAUUCACAGUUGACUCACUUCUAUACUGAGCUCUCUCAGACUCUCUCAAGUCGAUUCACAGUUGACUCACUUCUAUACUGAGCUCUCUCAGACUCUCUCAAGUCGAUUCAGAGUUGAUUCACUUCCUUACCAAGGUCUCAAACUCUCUCUCUCAAGUUAAUUCAGUCAAAUCACUUCUUUAUCGAAUUCUCUCAGACUGUCUUGAGUUGACUCACUUCCUUACCAAGUUCCCUCAGACUCUCUAGUGUCGAUUCAGAUUCAAAUCACUUUCUUACUGAGUUCUCUCAAACUCUCUUGAGUCGAUUGAAAGUCGACUCACAUUCUUACCAAGUUCUCUCAGAUUCUCGUGAGUCGAAUCAUUUCCUUACCGAUUUCUCUCAGACUCUCUAGUGUUGAUUCAGAGUCAAAUCACUUCCUUACUAAGUUCUCUCAGACUUUUUCAAGUCAAUUCUGAGUCGACACAUUCCCUUACCAAGUUCUCUGAGACUCUCUUCAGUCCACUCAGAGUCGACUCACUUACGUACUGACUUCUCUCAGACUCUCUUGUGUCAAUUCAGAGUCAAAUCACUUUCUUACCAAGUUCUCUGACUCUUGUAAGUCGAAUCAUUUCCUUACCGAGUUCUCUCAAACUCUCUCUUGCGAUUCAGUCAACUCUUUUCCUCACAGAUUUCUCUCAGACUCUCGAACCCAAGCGUGAUCGAAAAAGAGCUCUGAGAAUAUCAUAAGGCUGAAACCCUGUCAGAGGAAGAAGAAAGGAAACAGAGUGCUGUUUAGUGGAUAUUUUCUUUCCAGUGGAUGCACCUGGUAAUCACUUGAAGAGGUUGUUAUGAUUAAACUUUUGAUAUGGAAUGAAAACCGGCAGCUACUCCAGAUCUUUGUGGAUGAGACUAUAAUCAGUUUUCUCUCAAAUUCUUUAUUUCCUUAUUCCUAAAGAUCCAGCUAUGCCGUUAUAAUGGGUUUUGCAUAAGUAUUUGAUCCUUUCCAUAUUUUUCACUGUUAGAACCUAGGACUAAAAUAAACAUAGUUGGGAUUAUAUGUCAAAAUGCUGGCAUGAUAAUGAAAAACCUAUGUCAUUAGCACACGUUCCUCCACAUAUUAGCACAGUUACCUCCUUAGUGGAAUGCUGAAGCAUUUCUUCAGAUAGGUGAGGGAUUCAAAGUCACAACCUUCCGACUGUUUACACAACAAAUAUCUCUGAAGUUUGUUUUCUCUUCCUGAAAGGGGAACGUAUUUAGGAAGUCUGAACAUUUCCAAACACUCUGUGAAGUACCGGAAUUUUGUCUGGGGAUUUCUUUCGGGCUUGGAGACGAUUUUUAAUUCAGAAUAAGUAUUCUGAGGAUUCGUUUGACGAGGUGUGUUUUUGCUAGGACAUUUAGCGAUCAGCUGUCCGUGAACGUUACUUUAUCUGGAGUUUAGUGGGCAUCGGUCAGAGCCGGGAACGCUUUAGGUUAAUAAUAUCAGAGGCAUGUUCAGCAUAAACUCUCAGUGAGGCUAACAAUUAAUCCAGCUAAUUAGUGGAAAGUGGACAGAACCACUGAGAAUAUUAUUGUGUUUGAACCUCCAUACUGGGAAUCUCCUUCUAGAAUCUUCUUCUAAUCACAUGACAGAUUUUAAUAUUGUCUGUUAUCAGGCUGUAGGUUUGACUCCUUUGGUCUUUAAGAUCUCUGUAUCGAACCAUCGGUCUCUGGAUUCAUCAUUCAGCUUAGAAGAUUGAAGCUGUUUUAUUCAAAGAAGGUAUUAAGAUAAAAAAAAAUACACAGCUGGUGAAAUGAGGCUUAGCUGCUCGUCUUCUGCACGGGUUCAGUAAUUGGAAUUAAGCCUAUUAAGUCAACACUGGCCAAAAAAAAUCCCAGAGAGGAAAUAAAUCUCUGCAGUACCUUUAUGCCCGACUCCAUGCUGGGAUGUCAUGCGGCUGUGGCACAAAGGCAGAAUUAAACCGAGAAGACGCUUUAAACGUCGUAAACCUUCACAGAAAAGAUGGCAGCAUUCGUUCCCUUCCGUUUGAAACGUCCCUGUUUGGCUUCCCCCGGUACCACAUGAAGAAAAGUGUUCUCCGAGACCAGCAGCUUGAACUCGUAUGAGCAAUUAGCAUGCCCGAGCCCGUCUGCGGUAAUUCCCCUUAAUCAGAGCGUAUUCGCUGAUAAAUUAGCCGUCCACGUUCUCAGCAGUGCGGCCCAGCGGGUACAGAGCCGGCACAAAAGCAGGAAUCUACACACACACACAUUGCCUCAGAGCCACUUCGUUUCAUCCUUAACACACACACACAUACACAGACGCGCACACACACACACACCACUGUCACUAGUCUAGCGAAGGCUGUGUCUCACAACAGACCUUAAUUCUAAACAAUUAGCGAGUUAGCGUGACUGAUUAGCUCACACUGGAGAUUUGAUUGAUGGAAUUUUGAGGCAGUUCAAACAUUCAACACAUUCAUGCAACGUUCAGAGCACACACAAUAAAACACCAGCCUUGGUUACUGAAGAGAAAGGAAUAUAUAAAUGAAUAAAUAUUACCUGGGACAUUCUACACAAGAAAAUCCGGUCGGUUUGUUGGUGCGUUUCGCUCCUGAGGUAAAUUCACCAGGCUCGACAACUUUUCAUAUUUUCUAUUGUUCAAAAGAAAUCCAAAACAAAUAGAUAAAAUACGACAUAAACCGACCCAGUCGAUUAUACAAAAGUAAUGGCACCCUAUAAGAAGAAGAAGAAGAAGAGGAGUUAGUAUAGAUCUAUGACAGCAGAUGUACCGCGGUGGCUGAAUUGCAUUAUUGGAAGAUUUCACACAUGCCGCUCUCAGGAGGCUCCGAUUCUUUGUGAAAUUCUUUGACUUUUAUGGAGUUUUAGUAAAUCAGGAGGCUCACACACUCUGUAAUCAACAGGUGAUUGGUUUAAUGUAUCACCAACAAUCCUGUGGAGAUGUGGUAGCUUAGUGGUUAAGGUGAUCAGAAGGUUGUGAAUUUGAAUCCCAGGUUCACCAAAAUGCCCUUGAGCAAGGCCCUUAACACUCAAUAGUAUAAAAUGAGAUAAAAAUGUAAGUCUAUAUGGAUAAGUAUGUCUGCCAAAUGCCAGAAAUGUAAAUGAAUCAAUGUUUUUAAAUCUGGAUGUAAUUUUUAUUUCUGGUUGACUGACAAAAAAGAUUUCUACACAACACUACACUACACAAAAAUCCUAAAAAAUUGAUGUGAGCACAAAACCCUGUAGCUAAUCACUGCACUCGCUAACAAUCAGCCGUGAAGAUCCUUAUAUUUUCAAUGUAAACAGAGAAUGAUGAAGAAAACCAGACAGGACUACAGGAAGUUCUUCUCAAAUAAUUACUUCAUAAAAGAACACGCAUUGUAACUAAACAUUUACAUCAAGAAAGAUAUGAAGUGGGGUUAAAGACAAUGACACUAAGGCAAAUACCAGAACAAUUUUCUUGUCUACGCUGUGAUCUAAAACGAGUCUGUUGACUUUCAGUGUGUUUUAGACGUGUGUUUUUCCCUCUGUUGGAGAACCUUCCACAGAAUUUUGCUGGUUGAAGAUAAAAUCUGAGCUGCUUUUUAGAUGAAUAAGCACUUGGAGCGUCUCAGAGAGCAUGAAUGGGUUUGAUAACAUUUACUUUGAAGAAACAUUUGUGUGUGUUUUUGGUUUAUCGGAAUUUUUCAAUGAAUAUAUCACUCCUAGUAGUCUAAAAAACAGAAAUCCUUCUGAAACACUACAAAUUCUCAAAGUCCUGAGUGUCUACUUUGACAUGAGCUUCAUUUUAACCUCCACUGUGGAGUGGAACAUGAAAAGGACAUUGGGGUCAAAGAUCAAAAUGCUGAAUGAAAUUUACAUUGUUAGUAGAUUGGUCUUUGUUAGAGCACACGCUCAUCUCCAACGUUGUGGAUUUAUGUUUAUUUAUAUUCACAAUUAAACCCAGGAUCCCAGAGAAAUCCUUGUCUUUCUUGAGGAUUGAACUGAGAUUUGAAGUCACAACCUUCCACUCAGUUUUUUUACACACUGAGAGCUAUUUCCUUUAGAUGUUUGGUAAAAGGAACCUGUUUAGGAAGCGGGAAAGCUUACCUUACGGUAUGUUCUGUGGAGAACCAGAGAUCUGGCUAGCUCACCAGAUCACAUAGCAUCUGAGAGAGAUCACGUAUCGAUUCCCUGAACCACCUGGCAUCUAAAUAUCUAGUUGUUAUUUAGAAUAAGUUCAUGUGCGUUCUUAUAGAUUUUUCUCCCGCCAGAUUUUACAGGACCAUCUCCGUCUUCUUUCGCCUGGAUGAUGAAUUACAUAUCAUUAAUUUGAACAUGCCAUCCGCUCAGCCCAUGCGAUUCAUCACAGGUAUUUCACAGCCACCGAGAAAUCAUCCCAGUUACCCUUUCAGACCCUCAGCACUGAUGGAUGAACUGUGUAAUAAACGAUCCAUUGGGGUUGGUAAUGAGAUGAAAAUGGAUUCAGUCGCAUGACCCCCAGAGAAGAGCUGGGAAAUUUCUGGGUAUUUUCAUCUCCUCGUUUUUGCCGGGAUACGUGGGACUCUAGUAUGUUUUCUAUUCAGGAUUUCAAUUCGGUGUGAAAUCGGUGCUCGGGGUUAGUCGUUAGUCAGGAGUUGAUGACUUUCUGACCUGAGCAGAGGAAGAAAUAUGAAAUGGGAUUAUCUAGGAAGUUUUUCUCAUCUUUUUCAUGCAUUGAGGAACAAGAACAAUUAUUUAAAAUACUGAUCCAAGUUUUUUUUUUUUUUUUUUGCAGACUAAGAACAAGAAAAAUAAUGAUUUUUUUUAGAUACUGAGUUUUUUUUAAUUAUUAUUCAGACUAAG